UUUCGACUCUUAUCUCUCUCCUGGCAGGUGCAAGACACCCUUGGUGCAGUAUGGAGUGUUGUCACAGAGGGGAAACCAAUUGGUCUUAAUUUGUAUUGGUGCCGCUAUAGUUGAUCCUCAGUUUCUGGACGCCCAGUGUUUGUGUCGGGGCAGGAUGUUAUCACUUUUAUCUUGUUUUAGCGGUAUUAGUACGAUCUAUUAAGAAGGCUCGUGGAGUAAAAUAAACUGAUCAUGAUGACGAAUAGGGAAGUGACCACUUAAUACUGUAUACAGGCAAUUUGUUUUUCUUUUUUUUUUGUCAGAGAAAAUUGGCUACCUUUUCUUUUUUACCGUUGUCCACGUUCUGACCACUCAUGGGUUGCCUUAUUAAGUACUGAUAUUUAAAAAAGUUUCUCUUGGACAUAAACGUUUCUCGUGUUUCUGACCAUUGAAGCAAACUUUUUAUAUCCAGGAAUGUUACUAAUGACGUAGCCUUUUUUAACAAAGAACGUUUAUACCGACGAUAUGCAAACAGGGCUAAUUAAAGUCUGCCUUUUGUUAUUUUUCCUCAUAUCUCACGUGACCGCUAUUCAGUGGCUAGCAAUAGGUAAAAUUAGAAUGACUUGGAAAAAGAAAUCCCAAUGUGCGCAUAUCCGAAGAGAGAAUAUCUUGCAAGGCAAUCAGGAACGGCUUUGCAGGCGUAACUUGGAAAUGAUGCCUUAUGUCGCUAGUGCUGCUCGAGCUGCUAUAAAAACUUGUCAAGAAACCUUCGCUAACAGGCGAUGGAACUGUUCUUCGAUAGCUUUUGUACCUACGUUAACGUACGAUUUAACUUCAGGUUCAAGAGAACAAUCUUUUGUGUUCGCCUUGACUUCCGCUGCUGUUGGCCACACCAUAGCACGAGCUUGCAGCGCGGGGUCUCUCCUCUCCUGUGGAUGUGGACGCGUGUCGCGAGAGGCACCCAAUGGAGAUUUUAAGUGGGGAGGCUGUGCUGACAACCUACGUUACGGUCUUAAGUUCGCUCGUUCAUUCUGUGAUAAGCCUUGGAGGCAGAAGAAGCUGCUACAAGCGACAGAGGGGAUCAUGAACAGACAUAACAACAAAGUGGGACGGAGGGUAAUACGCAUCAGCGUAAUUACGCAGUGUAAGUGUCAUGGUGUAUCUGGUUCUUGUAAUAUCAAAACAUGUUGGAAGGCUUUGCCUAAACUUUUAGAAGUUUCCGAUUUUCUAAAAAGGAAAUAUUAUAUUGCCACUGAAGUAGACAGUCAGUGGAGAGGAAAGCGCCUAAAACUUAUACCAGCUAACAGUCAAAUGGGGAUUUACGGAAAAGAUGAUCUCAUCUUCGUCACCAAAUCUCCAGAUUAUUGCCUACCUAAUCCGAAAGUUGGAUCUUUAGGCACUAGAGGGCGGUUUUGUAACAGUAGCUCAACUGAGACAGAUGGGUGUGAUUCCAUGUGCUGUGGGCGGGGAUUUAACAGUGAAACCAUUGAAAAGUCAGAACGUUGUCAUUGCAAAUAUAAUUGGUGCUGCUAUGUCACGUGCAGGACAUGCAAAUAUUUGAUUCAGCAACAAAGGUGCCAUUAACAAUAAUAAAAUUAACUGAUGGACGACUUAUACAGUUCCUUAAUAUUAAAAAUCCAACAACAGUGAUACCGCUAACCCUUGUGAGAGCUGUUGUGCUAUUUAAAACAAAGAAAUCACUAACAAUGAUAAGACUUGUAGAAGAUAGAAAAAGCCUUUCCGAAAGAACAAAAGUAUCAAAAAUGGUAUUAACAUCAGCUCAUGUGAGAUGUACGAAAACUAGAUUCAUCAGUAAAAAAUAGCAUUAAGGUAAUAAAAUUAUUCACAUGUGUGAUUCUCGUGGACUGUGAUUCAACAGUGAAAAUAGUAUUAUGAUAAUUAACAAAACUGUUUACAUGUGUGAAAACUGUGGUCUUUGAUUCAACAAUAGAAAUGCUUUGAACAAUGUUAUUGUCAUUUUAUUAAGUAAGAUCUAGAAAACCUUGAAUCAUAGAUAAAAAUGCCACGAACAAUAAAAUUCACAACUUGUA